UAGUUCUGGAUUUUUGUAUGAAAUUAUUUGUGUUUUUAUAUUCCUAAAAAUGUGAAUGAAAUUUUCCUGAGCAAUGAUAAAUAUUCAGCGAGCGCAAUAUGCGACAGUUUGGAAAAUUUGGCCCAUUAGUAGGAGCCGUUGAUGCAGGAACAUGCAAUGUAAAAUUUAUGGUAUUUGCUGCAAACACUUCGGAAGUGCUAACCUACCACCAAGUGACCAUAAAGAGAUUCAGUCCCCAGGAGGGCUGGGUGGAGCAGGAUGCCCUGGAGCUGUACAACGCCGUCUUCGAGUGCAUUGAGGUUACCGCAGAUAAUUUGCAAAAGCUAGAUAUAAACCCUGCAGAUGUGGUGGGUAUUGGUGUAGCUAAUCAGAGAGAAACAACUAUUGUGUGGAACUCCAACACUGGACAGCCUCUAUACAGUGCCAUUGCAUGGCUGGAUGUGAGGACAAGCAAAAUAGUAGAUGAUCUCAUCAAGGUGAAGGGAGUUCAAAGUGCAAAUGCGGUGUCUCAAAUCAGUGGGCUUCCUCUCUCUACGUACUUCUCUUCAGUGAAACUGAAAUGGCUGCUGCAGAAUGUGCCUGCAGUGAAAGAGGCACUUGCAGCUGGGCAGUGUCUGGCCGGCACUGUGGACUCCUGGCUCAUAUGGAAUCUCACGGGAGGUCCACAUGGUGGAAUCCACGUUACAGAUGUCACAAAUGCUUCAAGGACACAACUCAUGUCAUUGAAGAAUCUACAAUGGGAUAAAAACUUGCUUAGGUUUUUUGAAAUACCACCACAAAUAUUGCCAAAGAUAAAAAGUUCUGCUGAAAUAUAUGGAUAUGUGUCAUCAGGGUCUCUUUGUGGCAUUCCAAUUGCAGGAUGCCUGGGAGACCAGCAGGCGGCGCUGGUGGGGCAGAACUGCAUGCGGUUCGGACAGGCCAAGUGCACGUUCGGCACCGGCUGCUUCCUGCUUUACAAUACAGGUGACUCAAUAGUGCACUCGCGGCACGGGCUGCUCACAACCGUCGCGUACCAGCUGGGCGCGGACGUGCCGCCCGUGUACGCGCUGGAGGGCGCCGUGGCCAUCGCAGGUGACACACUAGAGUGGCUGCGCGACGGGUUAGAGAUCCUCGGUGAGGUGAAAGACUCGGCGGAGCUGGCGGCGAGCGUGGAGGAUGAAGAUAAUCUCUACUUCGUGCCUGCGUUCAAUGGACUGUAUACGCCUUAUUGGAAGAGAGAUGCGAGAGGUAUAAUGUGCGGCCUGACCCCCUCCUCAUCCCGCGCACAUCUAGUCCGCGGCGCUCUCGAAGCCGUCUCGCAGCAGGUGGCGGCGGCGGCGGCGGCGCUGGCGGGGGACGGGGCGCCGCUGGCGAGGUUACUGGCUGACGGGGGCAUGGCGCAGAACGGGACCAUGAUGCAGAUGGCCGCCGAUGUGUUAGGGGUGCCUGUGAUCCGUCCCCUAAUGACGGAGAGCACGGCGCUGGGCGCGGCGGCGGCGGCGGGGCGCGCGCUGCGCGUGUGGCCGGCCUUCUGCGCGCCGCCGCCCGCCGACACCUUCCUGCCCGCCAUCGGCGAUGAAGAGCGCGAGAUGCGGCGCGCGCGCUGGGAGCAGGCGCUGCAGCGCUGCAUGAGCUGGACCGAGCAGGAUGAGAAAGCUACCAAAGAACUUGAUGGAGACGAGCCGGACCGCACGACGGCCGUGCUGCCCCCGGGGCUGUUCUUCCUGGGCACGGCGCUGCUCGUCAUCAUCGCCGACAAGCUCAAGUGAGCACACACUAGUCAUCACUCACGCUACCUCCGGGUUACUACUCUCAAGUAAACCGCGUUAUGUUACGAUUUGUUGUCUGUUAUGUAUGAUGUUACCAUGUUAAUAUAAUAUUAUUUUACGCCACA